AUGGGAGAUAGUCUCCUGACGGGGACGGGGACGGGGAUUCCCCGAAACCUAUUAAAUGGGGAUGGGUUCGAGGAUGGGGACGGGGAUGGUAUUGUCAUACCCGGCCCUUAUCCGGCCCAAACCACCUGGAUAGGAAGGGGCUUGAUUUACGACAUGGGGCAAGUCGAAAUUGAUACCCUUUAUAUGUUGAUAUCUAGAUGUGAUCAGAUUAAGGGUCAUUCCCAAACCACCACCAACAUCAACAAGUUGUGUGAGGUUCUUGUCUUCAAGACCCUUGUAGAUAUGAAGAAGUUUCUUGAUGACAAUGGUGGUGUGGUUAAACAUUGCUGUGUUGAACGCUUGAUUAAACCUGGGGUCCAAACCUGGAUACUCAAAAGCGUGUGUGCCAUGGACCCUGUUAAAUGGAAUUCCUCCUUCAACAAAUGCAUCUUUCAGUUGAGACCUGACUAUGGAGCGAGUCCGUCCCCUUACAAGGAAGUUUGA